AUCCGAGCGGGUGCUGGACAGCUUUCCCUGCUGGGGCCGAGAGAGGAUGGCGGAGGGCUCCAAGCUCCAGCUGUUUGUCAAGGCCAGCGCUGACGGGGAGAACAUAGGGAACUGCCCCUUCUGCCAGCGCCUUUUCAUGGUCCUGCUGCUCAAGGGGGUCCCCUUCACACUGACCACAGUGGACACCAAGAGGUCCCUGGACGUCCUGAAAGAUUUCGCCCCAGGAGCCCAGUUGCCUGUCCUGCUUUACGACGGGGAUCCCAAAACAGACACCAUCAAGAUCGAAGAGUUUCUGGAGGAGACCCUGGCCCCCCCUGAGUUCCCCAGCCUGGCGCCCAAGUACAAGGAGUCCAUCUUGGCCGGGAAUGACGUAUUCCACAGGUUCUCUGCCUACAUCAAGAACCCGAUACCAGCUCAGGACGAAACUUUGCUCCACGCCCUUCUCAAAGCCUUCCGUAAGCUGGACCAGUACCUGAGCACCCCUCUGGACUACGAGCUGAUGCGGGACCCCCAGCUGGUCAUCUCCCGCCGGCGGUUCCUGGAUGGGGACCAGAUGACCCUGGCCGACUGCAGCCUGCUCCCCAAGCUCAACAUAGUGAAUGUCGUGUGCCAGCACUACCGCCAGGCGGGCAUCCCCAGAGAGCUGCGGAGCAUCGGGCGCUACCUGGAGUGUGCUGCCGAGACCAAGGAGUUCCAGUACACCUGUCCAAACCCCCUGGAGAUCAUCCAGGCCUACCACGGCGUGGUCAGGCAGCCCCAGUAGCCCCCUGGCUAAAGUCGGGGCUGGCUAGCUCUGCCUGGCACCCAGGGCGCCCCC